AGACUUGACGUGACGCGCGUUCUCCCGCAGAGGAGCGCGUACGCCCCCGACGCCCCCCAAACAUACGCACUUUCCGCGCUCGUUCGCGCUGCUCUUGACGCUCGUCGGUCGGUUGGCGCGGAGCGACGAUGUGGAUCCAGAUCCGCACGAUCGACGGCAAAGAGACGCGGACGGUGGAGGAUCUGUCGCGCCUCACGAAGAUCGAGUCGCUGCGCGUCAAGAUCCGCGACAUCUUCAACGUCAAGCCCGAGCAGCAGAGGCUCUUCUACCGAGGAAAACAGAUGGAAGAUGGCCAGACGCUCUUCGAUUACAACGUUGGUCUUAAUGACAUCGUCCAGCUGCUCAUUCGCUCGCAGACUGACCCCCCGGACAGCCCCUCCCUCAACAACGGCGAGGGCGUGGCCUGUGAUGUAGCCCCACCCACCACAGCAUCUGUCCCCACCUCAGCCACACCCACCACAACAAUCGUUUCCCCAGCAACUGUCGCCAACAGCAACGGAAACGGGUCCAAGCCCUGCAGUCCGUCUCCAGAAAGCCAGCCGUCCACCUCCAGCCGGACACUCCUCAUCGAUCCCGGGAUCGGACUCUUCAGAGUGAAUGAGUUGGUGGACUGCAGGGACGUCAGCAUCGGAGCCUGGUUCGAAGGCGUGAUUGAGAAGGUCUCUCCGGCCUCUAAAGGACAGAACGGCCGAGCGGGAACAGCGCCCCCUGUGGCCAGGGUGGGCCGACCCAGCAAACGCAGUCACUGCAAGCUGGAGACGGAGACGAGCGCCGCCCCUUCAUCAUCAUCAUCAGCAGCAUCCAGUCACAGCACAGCGCUAAACUCAGACAGCAGCGAACCGUCGACGUCCAAACCGGGUCCUGAGCACGUCUCCUACCACAUUAAAUAUGAAGAUUAUCCGGAGAACGGCGUGGUGGAGAUGAGCGCAGAUAAUGUUCGCCCGAGGGCCAGGACUGUGCUGCGCUUCGACCAGCUGCAGGUGGGUGACCUGGUGAUGGUCAACUAUAACCUGGAGAAUCCUGAGGAGCGAGGCUUCUGGUACGACGCUGAGAUCACGAGCCUCAACGCCGUCUCACGCACCAACAAAGAGAUCCGCGUCAGGAUCCUGCUCGGAGGACCGGGUGAUGUGAUUGGUGAUUGUAAGCUGCAGUUUCUGGAUGAGGUUUACAGGAUCGAGAAACCAGGAGCGCCGGGACUGUGUGCGGCCGAUGGCCCGUUCAAACGUAAGACGGGUCCGGAGUGUAAGCACUGUAAAGCGGACCCGGACGCUGAGUGUCGGUUCUGCUCGUGUUGUGUGUGUGGAGGGAAGCAGGACGCUCACAUGCAGCUGCUGUGUGACGAGUGUAACAUGGCCUUCCACAUCUACUGCCUGACCCCUCCGCUGACCGCCAUCCCAGAGGACGAGGACUGGUACUGUCCCACCUGUAAGAACGACAGCAGCGAGGUGGUCAAAGCUGGAGAGAAACUCAGAACCAGCAAGAAGAAGUCCAAGAUGCCUUCAGCCACUACAGAGAGCCAGAGAGACUGGGGCAAGGGGAUGGCGUGUGUGGGCCGCACUAAAGAGUGCACAAUCGUCCCCUCCAAUCACUACGGCCCUGUUCCCGGCGUUCCCGUCGGAACCACCUGGAAGUUCCGUGUUCAGGUGAGCGAGGCGGGCGUACACAGGCCUCACGUCGGAGGGAUUCACGGACGCAGUAACGAUGGCUCGUAUUCGCUGGUGCUCGCCGGAGGAUUCGAGGAUGAAGUUGACCGGGGUGAUGAGUUCACCUACACCGGCAGCGGAGGUCGUGACCUCUCAGGAAACAAGCGUAUUGGAGAGCACUCGUUCGAUCAGACGCUCACACACAUGAACAGGGCUCUGGCGCUGAACUGUGACGCGCCUCUGAAUGACAAGGACGGGGCGGAGUCUCGCAACUGGAGAGCGGGAAAACCAGUGAGAGUGAUUCGCAGCUCGAAGGGCCGACGGAUCAGCAAAUACGCACCGGAGGAGGGAAACCGCUACGACGGCAUUUACAAGGUGGUGAAGUACUGGCCGGAGAUCGGGAAGUGUGGAUUCCUGGUGUGGAGAUACCUGCUGCGGCGGGACGACCUGGAGCCGGCGCCCUGGACUCCGGAAGGGAUCGAGCGCAGCAAGAAACUCGGCCUCAAAGUCCAGUAUCCUCCUGGGUAUCUGGAGGCCAUGGCCAAUAAGACGAAGCGCGAGGCGACGGUGCGAUCGGUGAGCGGCUCGAAGCGCGGCAGGAAGAGAGGACGACCCCGAACCACACGACCGUCCAAGAGAGUCGAGGAGGAAGAGGAGGAGAAACCAGCAGAGCACACGGAGGAAGAGCUUCAGAGCAACGGCAGCGCAGACGCUCACGAGGAGGAGAACACAGGUGUGUGUGAGCCACAGGAGGAGCCGCAGGUCAAGCGUCAGAAGGAAGUGGAGUCGUUCGCUCUCUCAGAGCAGCAGCGGAGUCUGAUACAGGACGACGAACCCAACAGGAAGCUGUGGGACGAAGCGCUGAGCUUCCUGUCGGAGGGACCGAACUUCCUGCGGAAGGUGGAGCAGCUGUUCAUGUGUGUUUGCUGUCAGGAGCUGUCCUUCCAACCCGUCACCACCGAGUGUUCACACAACGUCUGCAAGACGUGUCUGCAGCGCUCGUUCCGAGCCGAGGUCUUCUCUUGUCCCGCCUGUCGUCAUGAUCUGGGCAAAGACUACACCAUGAGCCUCAACAAAACCCUUCAGCUGCUCCUGGAUCAGUUCUUCCCCGGAUACAGCAAAGGACGAUGAAUCUGAUCCACAACAAAUGGACAAAGAUCUGCUCUCUCCGCACAAGCAUCUUACACACACACACACACACACACACACACACACCAGCCUGACAUCUGUGUUCACAACCACAAACCCCACAGAUGCUGGGACUCGAACCCUGACACACAUCAUGAACAUCAGCCUCUGGAUCAUCAGUGACAACAAACUCUAAUUAAUGUUACGUGAGAAUCAAACCCUGUCAAAAACACGUCCAAUUCAUUUCACCCCCCCCCUCCAAAAAAUUAUAUAUAUAUAUAUAUAUGAAGUGUUAAUAAUUCACAUGAUUAUUUCAUAUAAAUAAAUUUAAUAAUAAUUUAGUUAUAAUCAUUUAAUUACAACUAUGUAGUUAAAUAUUUAUUCAACAAAUAACUAUAAAAUAAUUAAUAUUUUGCACAAAAUAAGCCUAUUUUUAUGAUAAUUAGCAUUGUGACACACUUAAACACAUUUUAUCCCAAAUUCUUGUGAAUUAUUUCCAGAUGUUUUAGUUUUGAAUUUUUAUUUCUCUUUAGUUUCAAUGAUUUUCAAGUCUAAAUAUUGUUUAAAAAAAAGAUUUUUGUUAUUAAAAAAGUAAAUAGAGCCAGUUCAACAAUGUGUAAAUUCUUUUAAUAUGUAUUGUUUUUAUAUUUACUUUUAAUAUUUAAAAUGUUUAAAUACAAUUCUAAAAACAAAAAAUAAUAUAUGUUUUUUUUGGCAUAAAAUGUGUUUAAAUUUAAUACAAAAUAAUGUCACUAUUCACUAUUUACUAUUUAAUUGUCAUUAAAAUAAGCUUUAUUUUCUUAAUGCAGAAUAUAAUUUUAUGUACCUUUAGUUCAUUUGGGAGUGAACUGAGUCGAACAUGUUGUUGACAGGAAUCGAAUGAUUGAAUCUUUGAUCGCUGGAGUCAUGAAGCUCAAAGCUGCGGUGAAAUGGAGAAUCAGUGCGAAUCUCUCCAGAUCUGGAAGCAUCUUCUGAUGUUUCUCCAUCUUCAGCUGGAUCGUCGUGACAGAUGGAGCGAAUCCGCUGCUGAAUCCUCGUGAACCUGACCCGGAGCGUUCCUCUGUUCCCUGAUGUUCCCUUCAGUUGUUUCUCUUCGUCUCUUUUCGUGGUGAUGUCGUUUUCCUCCCAGACAUCUGUUUUUGUUUUUCAGGAACUGCAGAUGUACGAUGUUUAUCCGCUCGUCUGUGACGCGUGUCAUUCCCACAACGAUAUCCCAUCGUUGAUUUCCAGUGCUGGCUUUCCUCUCGUCUGUGAUCUUGGCUGUUUUCUCUCACGCUCUCGCUCUUCUGCUGCGCUUUCCUGUGGUGUUUUAUGUUUUAUUGCACUUACUGACGAUGAGAAACGAGAUUGUGACGGAGCCGUCGGUUUAUUUUCCCACCUGUUUCGACUUUUACCGUUCGCUGUUUCAGUGUGGGAGAUCUGAUCUGCGGUCCCGGCAGAAACAUUGCUUUGAAUCGUGAUUCCGAAUUUUAUACAUGGUAUAAUACUUAUGUACUUAUUAAAUAUUUUGAUUCCAGAA